AGGCAUUGCCGCGUGGCCCCGUGCCCCCCUAUGCCCCCGUGCCCCGUCAUCAAUCAAGGCAUCCCUUCGAACAGACUAUUGGGGGGGAGGGGGAGGGGUGUUACUCUGGUGGGGGGCAGGGAAGGUAAGGAAUGAGUGGUGUAUGGCACGUGGCGAUGAUGACACGUGGCGAUUGUGACACGUGGCGAUUGUCGUGGGAAAGAGGAAGUGGAUUUGAGGCAGUGGAUGUGUUUGAAGCAAGAAUGAGCACACGCCUGCGUGACACGUGUACAGUAUAGUGAUGGAUUGGCGGAUUAAUGAAUGGAUUAGAUACGUACAGAAUUGCAUAUGCCCAUACCAUUUAUAGAUAGGAUCCAACACACACACACACACACACACACACACUCAAACUCCGACCGAACAGUCUGGCACAGUCAUGCGUUUUCUGUGCAGUUGUGUGUAGCGACUAUGACAUCAACACAGAUAUGAGUCGGUAAAAGCCGGGCGAAACAGUCUGUCACUGUCACCCUUUCUCUGGGGAGUAGUUCUUUGCGAUUACCACACACACACACACACACACACACACACACGCGGAGAGAGAGAGAGAGAGAGAGAGAGAGAGAGAGAGAGAGAGAGAGAGAGAGAGGAUGGAAGAGUCGGGGGGCCCGUCUGAAGGCGGGGGCCAACUGGAGAUGAUGGUAGCUGAAGAGGGUCAUCAGUUCGAUUUGGAAAGUUAUGCGAGCAAUUACAAGGGCAAUACGAAGAUCGCGCGUCUGAGAUUCAUUGCCGAGCGAACUACUUCCAGAUCCCUUGAGUUGGAGGCCCUUCGAAUGUCAAUUGAUGAAAUCAAGAAAGGGGAUAAUACCAAUCUUUACAAGGAAACGAUUGAGAAGAUCAAUGGUAGACUUGGACCUGAGUACGAAUUGAACACCGAAUGGAUAGAGACAGUGGAGCGCAAAGCUGUGACUAGGCAGCACAAGCUAGACGACGAGCUGGCAAAUUACAAAGGAGAUAGUGACAGGGAUGAUGAUGAUGAUGAUGAUGAUGGCGUGGAGGUGGUCAUGGUGUUGAGAAGGGCGGUGAUGAUGGUGAUGGAGUUUGUAGAGACACAGUUCGAGCUGGGAGAUAACUACAAGGAGGUGAUUGCACCACAGGAUGUGGCGACAUAUGGAGGCCUCUGUGCUUUAGCGUCCUUCGACAGGAACGAGCUAAAGAGCAAGGUCAUUGACAACAACAACUUUCGGAACUUUCUAGAGCUCGUUCCAGAAGUGGCAGAUCUGCGACAAGCCCAAGUGGCCAACCCUCUUCCUCUACCUCCUGGAACUGAAGCUGCAAUCGAAACUACCUCUGCCCCUCUUACUGUGUCUUCUUCUACCUCAUCUUCGAGUGUGAUGGCAACUCCUUCGGGACCUGCAGCAGGUGCAGAUUCCACUGUUGCUGCAACAAGCAACGAGGCUGGAACUUCUGCAAUUGCUUCAGCCCCAAGGCCGGAACCAGCUGCUGCUGGUCCCAGCCACGCCAGUCCGUAUGUGGACCGGAAGGCGGUUCAAAUACCGUCCAAGUACGAUGGCAAGGAAGACAUCGAGUCCUGGAUAGGCUCCAUGACGCCCUACUUUGAGAUCAUGGGGACUCAAGCUGAGACACAGGCGAUUAUCAUGGGUAUGAAUGUCGAGCCAGUCGUACGGGGCUUCCUAGAAGUCCAAGCAACGCGGGCUGGGUUUCAAAAGUCUGCACUAGCCAAAUGGCUAAGGUCCACCCCGGUUGCCUCCCUCGAAGAACUCCUUAUCUCAGAAUACCAAGAUCCACAUAUUGCAACUAAAGCGAGGAUUCAACUGGAUAAAGUAAAGCACAACAAGUGGAAUGGCUCCAUGAAAAGCCUGCAGACCUAUCUGAGCAAACUGUUUGCCACUCCUGGUUUGGAAUUGUCCACUCAAUCUUGCUUAGAUGUGGUCAAGGGCGCGGUUCCAACUAACUUCACUAGUCGCCUGGGCAGGGACUACAUUGCUUAUACUGACUGGCUUGCGUUAAUGAAGGAUGUAGUCAGUGUGGAGGCCAUGGACCUCGUUAGCACGGCAGGCAACAAAAAGCCCAUUGGCGGCAUACGGUUCAAGGGCAGCAACCGUCUUGUUGUGCAAGUCCUGCUGGAGGCCGAAGGAGAAGCCGAUGCGUCCCAAUGCGAAUGGACCAAGUGGAAGGAAUCACUCUUCAUGGUCAAAGAUGCUCAGGGGAACGAGCUUCCUGUCCUCUUGGAUGAGAAGCGCGAAUCCCCAGUGACUUUUCUGAAUGCAUUGAAAUUCUGCAAGAAGUGGCGCAAGCACAAAGAGGAAGAACAGUUGUAUGUUGCCUUYGUUCGUCCUGYUCAUGUGCCUUCUACUUUUGCGGCUAAUACCACUACUACUUCGAUUGAUGAAUCUACUUCUGGUACUUCUACUACUAGCACCUCUAUCUCUCUAUCCUCUAAUAGUCCGAGUGAUCCUACUUCAUAUUCGAUCGUCUCUAUACGCGAUUUGCGACCGGACUUUGGUGAUCCCUUUGCUGAUUCCCCACCCCCACCUGUCCCAUCAGACAUUCAAGCCCUCCUCGAUCGGUUUCUGGAAGUCUUGGCUGAGCCACGUGGAGUUCCCACACGACCGGUCCGACACACCAUCGAGCUGGUCGAGGGUGUUGUCCCUCCAAAGGGCUGCGUGUACCGUAUGGGACCCGACGAGUUGGAGGAACUCCGGCGGCAGAUCGAUGAGAUGAUUGACAAAGGGUGGAUCAAACCAAGUGAAUCUGAAUUUGGUGCUCCUGUGUUGUUUGUGCCAAAGAAAGGAGGCAAACUCCGCAUGUGUAUUGACUAUCGCGGUCUAAACCGCAUCACAAGAAAGAAUGCUUACCCAUUGCCUCGUAUAGAUGACUUGCUUGAUGCCGCGGGCGGGUGCGAGGUCUUCUCCAAGAUCGACCUCAAGUCUGGUUACCACCAGAUUGAAGUCGAUCCUGCGGACCAGCACAAGACUGCGUUUAAAACACGCGACGGGCUCUAUGAGUUCACCAAGCUGAAAGCAGAUCUUCUCUAUGACAUGCAUCUGUACGACCAUGUUGAGACGCUCUACGAGCUAAUCAGGCACAAGGCGUUGAUCCAGUACACGACACCGUUCGUAUCUGUUGAUCUUCCGACAAUGGCAAGCGCAUUCAAUACAACAGUGGCAGGCCUGGAGAGGGAGCUUGCUGCUCUCAUAAUGGAGAACCAGAUUCAGGCGCGGAUUGACUCGCAUAACAGGAUCUUAUACGCUCGACAUGCGGAUCAGCGUAAUGCGACAUUUGAAAGAGCGCUGCAGAUGGGUGCUGAUUACCAGAGGGAUACCCAAGCAAUGCUGCUGAGAGCGAGUUUGAUGCGAAACGAGGUGACGAUCAGAGGCCGAAGACCUGCUUAGAGGGACAGAGAGAGGUAGGAAAAAGGAGCAAGCUAUGCUUCCUGCAUACAUGUACAUGAGCAUUUCGUGCAUUCCCCUUUGCGUAGUGCAUCAGGACUCUCUCGCUUAACACCCACCCUACCCCUGCUCUCCCCCCCCCCCGCCGCCUCCUCUCUCUCUCUGUGUUUCUCUGCCUGCUUCAAGUCACAGCAUGUUGCGGUGUACAUGAGGCCUUGACUGUAUGCAUGUAUCAUCUUGCUAGGUCAUUGUACAGAGAAGUGGAGGACGUGCAUUGCCGUGAAGUAUGUCGGUGUAUGUCGUUGCCUGCUCCUCUCAACACGAUCGGCGUAAUCAGUGUAUGCUUGUUCUGAAGGGGGAGCUGCAUACUUUGUAGCACAGCAGCUGCAGUCCUGUGGGGGCUUGUCACAGACUGUCAACAACCGAAUUGCACAGCGCGUGCCAGGCUGUCCGUCCGUCCGUCAUCACAGGUUGUUGGAUUGCAAACCUCGACAAAUUCAAAGAUCGAUGAAGGCAUCCUGUCUUUGCUCGAGAUCGUCUGUGACUAGCGCUUCGGAUAAGCCUGUCUUUGCUCGAGAUCGUCUGUGACUAGCGCUUCGGAUAAGCCUUCUUUCGGUCUCACGUUGCUUUGAUAGCUACGUGGCCAGGUGCAGACCACCAGUGGGUAAGUGUUCUGGCUCUUCUUCUUCUUCCCCUUCAACAGUCUUCUUCAGCUUCAGCUUUAUCUUCUCUCUCCCCCUCCUUUUUCCUCAUUGGAGUGGUUGUCGUCGUCCUCUCUUAUGCUAUCUGUUGUCCCGAUCCUGCUCGCAGUUCGUUCGGGCAACCAUGUACUCUGCUGCAGUGGUCACUUCUCUUUUCUUCUUUUCUUUUCUUAUCUCCUUUUUCAUAAUCUUUUGAGUGCAGCACAGAUGGGAGACGAGUUUUGUUGCUGUUCCCAUUGCUUGAGGAAACUGCUCUUUGUCUGUCAAUUUUAUGUUCUGAUCGAUUUUUUUCGCAGUCUCCAUUUUACAGAGAUCGCAGUAGCGAUGCAUCGAGGAAAGUAGCAUUCACUAGCCUAGCCCUUUCCGUGAAUUCCAGUCCAGACCCGUUCUCAAAUCAGAGUAAGUGGUAUUGCUUGUAGUCACAGGGCGCCACAGCCGUGUGUUGUGGGGUGGAGGUGCAGGGCGGAGGGAGGAGGGGGGAGGGGGGAGGGGGUGUAUUUGCCAUUUGGUCUCUUCUGGAACUUUUUGGAGCGCUUACAUCCAGCUGUGGUAUUGUGUGCGCGACUGUGCGGUCAUACUUGUCCUUGGGUCAUGUUGUCUCCGUGCACAUCCCUCAACGCAUCAUGAUUGUGUUGAAAGCAAGGAAGAAUUUUCUUUUUAGGGUCUUUUUAGGGUCUUUUUAGGGUCUGUGUGUGUGUGUGUGUGUGUGUGUGUGUGUGUGUGUGUGUGUGUAUUGUGUGCGCCUCCUCGGGUUAUGUUGUCUCCAUGCACAUCCCGCAACGCAUCACGAUUGUGUUGAAAGCAGGGAAGAAAUAUCUUUUUAGGGUCUUUUUAGGGUCUGUAUGUGUGUGUGUGGUGUGGGCGAUUGUGCGGUCAUACUUUUCCUCGGGUCAUGUUGUCUCUGUGCACAUCCCUCAAUGCAUCACGACUGUGUUGAAAGCAGGGAAGAAAUUUCUUUUUAGGGUCCUUUUAGGGUCUGUAUGUGUGUGUGUGUGUGUGUGUGUGUGUGUGUGUGUGUGUAUUGUGUGCGCGACUGUGCGGUCAUACUUUUCC